AUGGUUGAUAAAGACCAGGCUGAAAUCAAUGCUAUCCGAAAGGUAUUCAACGAGUCACAUGUUCUCCUUUGUUGGUACCAUGUAACCCAAGCAGUAACUCGCUGGCUGUCAAGAUCUGAAUCUGGAGUGAGUGGACCUGAAAAUGCAGAUUCAAGAGCACACAUCAUGCAGUUAAUGUCGGAGCUGAAAUCCUGUUCCACGGAACAUGAAUUCAAGAAAAAAGCUGAGACGUUUCACUGCCAGUUUAAGAACUUAAAAGAUGUCUGCAAGUACUUUAGGAACCACUGGGAGCCAAUUGGACUUCUGUGGUCUAAAUUCGGAAGAUGUUAUAAGCAUGGAGACUCAGAAACAAACAAUCUAAUAGAACGCUUCUUCCACCGUUUAAAAUACCAAUUCCUCUGUGGCGUCCGGAAUCGUAGAUUGGAUCAUUUGAUUGAUGUGCUACUGAACAAGACUGGCUGGUAUUUCAACAUAAUACAGGAUUUGCAGUCUGCUGGGAGGAUCUAUAACCCUCUGGAAUGUAAAAUGGAAGAAAUAAAGAAGUCUGCUCAGAGGAUGCUAGACAAUGGUUGGGACACAGCAGUUACUGCAGCUUCAACAGAAACAUACGUAUACAAUGUUCCAUCAGAAAAUAAUCCACAUGUAGUUUACCAUGUAUGCCCUGCAGAGCAGUUCUGCAAUUGUCUCGCUGGUACAAGGGGGCGUACAUGUAAGCAUCUCAUUUUAUUAAGUCUUCUCACUUGUGGUAAUGGUGAGACCUUUCCAGAUAUGGACACACAACUGCAAGCCCAUGACAACAACUUGAUUCAAAAGAAUAAGUAUAUCAUUUCUACAAAGCCUCACAAAACACUUGAGGUUGAAAUCUUAUUUGGAAGAGCAGUAUCAAAACCAUGUAUAGUGACAAAUGUAUGUGACUGCUGUACUUUCUCACAUCAUAAAAAAUGUGCUUGUCUACUACUUGCAAAGGGACUUUUAAAUGAGAUGAGUGAGAUGACAUCAAAACAUGCAAUUAACAUUUCAGUGGGGCCUAUACAUGAUGAAAUUGCAGGUGAAGAUAGGCAUAGUACAACUAUCAGGAAACUGGAAAGCAUAUUGAAGACUCUACAGACCUGGGAGAGAAUUCCUGAGGACAUUGCCCAUAAAGUCAAUGAACUUGAAGAGCAAACAAAGAAAGAAAAUAUAAACUUUAAAAGAUUUGUGCGACCUUGUGAUGAGGACAAUUCGCGUAAAAUACGCCCACUAUUUGCAAACAGAAAAAGAAAGACUGACAGAAACACUGCCUCAGAGACUAGGACAGAUGUCACAUCAAGUUUUCCUAUUAAAUCAAGAAGAAAACACAAAGCAAUCAGUGGUCCAAAAAGAUACAAAUAA